AUGCCAGCUGAGUCCAAUCUCCAAGAUGUCACCAGCGCCUCGAUCCGGACUCGGACCAUGCCUCAGCUCAGCGGCGGAAGUGAGAAACCACGGAGGUGGAUAAAACGUUACCGGACGGAGACGGCUGCUAGCACCGCCAGUGUCAUGUCAACCGUCACUGCGUUCCCUCUCGAUAGUGUUAAGACUCGUAUGCAAACAUAUCCUUAUGCGGGUGCCGUGGAUUGCGUGCGUGUGACUUAUAAGUCGGAGGGUAUUCGAGGCUUCUUUCGAGGUGUAACCGCUCCUUUAGCUAGUGUUACACUUGUACGAACAAUCUCCUUUUCGAUUUACCAACGCUCCAAAUACGUUUAUUCCGACUGGAUGAAGAAAAACCUCGGGUUCUGCCCACUGGAGCAUGUCAAUAAGAAUGGCGCAUUACCGAAUCUAGGCACAAUUGCCUGCUUCGGGGUCGCCGGAGCCACUGCCGGCUCCGGUAUCACCUUCAUUGCCUGCCCCUUCGAAUUAACCAAGCUGAGCGCCCAAGUAUCAGUACUCAUGGCGAACCAGAAGAAUGCAGAUCCACAAAAACAAGCUAUUGCUCUCAGCUAUCACAAUAAAGGGACUUUCAAAACUCUUGCCAACAUUGUCAGGCAUAGAGGAUUCGCUGGCAUGUACACUGGACUCAAUUUGCAUUUAUUGCGAGAUACACUUGGAACGGGAAUUUACUUUGCCACGUAUGAGAGCGGCAAGCAGCUCUUGACUACCUUUAGUGGGAAGGAUGCUCACAAGAAUCCCAUUGCUGUGCUUGCUGCAGGAGCUCUGUGUGGCAUAGUAUCAUGGGCCAUGAUAUACCCAAUUGAUUCUGUGAAGAGUAUUUACCAACGAAACGCCUUGAUGUAUUCCAAAGGGCAAAAGGUACCAGUCCCCAAAAUCCAAUUCUUCAGACGAGACAUGUACCGCGGGCUAGGUGUAUCUAUGGGACGCUCUGCGGCAGUCAAUGCGGUGUUCUUUUCGGCGUUUGAGUUCCUCAAGAAGAGGAUCAAUGCUAUGAAGGAAUUCGAUUAG